UCUGCUAUAACAGGAUAGUAUAUUUUUAUUAUAAGCAGAAAAUGGGCAACUGAUUAGACAAAUUAUUAUCAAAAAGGAAGAAAAACAACAGAGAUCCAAAUCCAGCAGAUACUCCACAAAUGAAGCAAGAUCAGAUAGUGAACCAAAAGCAAGUCUAUGUGCAACAAGAAUUUUCAAGCUAUUCUGAAGAAGAAGAGUUUGAGGAGGAAUGCUCCAAAGAUGCAUUGUACGAAGAUAUUGAAAAACAAGUCCAAAUAGAAGAGAUCAAAGUUUCGAUCCAAGAAGAUAGCAAAAUGAAGCGGAAAAGUUACAGACAACAUACGGCUAAACCUCCUCGAAGAAGUGAGAGCAUGGACAGUAGCCUCCAGAAUGAAAUGUGCCCCUCAGAAAGAUCUAGCAAGGCCAAACGAGUGUUUAAACCUCUCAAUAAGAGAAAGAACAACUCGACUGUGAAGAAAUCAGAUAAUUAUUUUACUAAAGACCAGCAGCUGUUAUAUGCUACAAAGAAAGAGCUUGACUCAACUCCUUCAAUCGAUAAGCCAAAGAUUAUAGAAUGGAAAAUUAUGAAGCAGAUUGGCCAAGGCUCAUUCGGAAAAGUAUAUUAUGUAUUUGACUCAUAAA